AUGCUCACACUCUUCUGCAUCGGAGUCUACCCUGUGUUCCGUUUCCUCAUCGGCUCUGCCGACUUGACAACGGACGUGUCGCCAGGACCAGGAAGGCGUAUCAGAGUAGGCGAUCUGUUGUUUACGGUGGCGCAAACGUAUAGCGCCUACUACGUCUUCGAGCUCUGUUAUCGCACACAAUUCGCGAGUCCUCUUAGUAUCGCUCAUCAUAUUGGACUCUUGGCCAUCACGCAGACCGCCCUCUCCCUGUUUGGAAACAUCGAGCACCACCCGGAAGCAACAAUCGAGUUCUACAUGUGCAUGGUGUGGGGCGCUUUCGACGUCGUAGUAGAACUGCCCAUCUACCUUUCUAUGAUCAUCUGGCGAAUCAAGCGCCGUGAUCAUCGACUACUCUCCUACCUCACCUCCGCCUGCUUCGUAUGGGUUAUUGUUGGUGCGGUCUCGGAGACCGCAGUCACGAUAUACCUCUUGCACAAGUCUUGGGAUCGAUGGGGUCAUGUGUGGAGGGUGGUCACUCCCGUCAUCUUCACGCUAUGGAUCACGACCCAGCUCUACGGCGCAACGAGACUCUUUGCAAUGGCUCGGUCGGAGAGGUGGAAAGCCAGCAAGCGAUCACCGGAAGAAGAGUCUGUGGAGCCCAUUGCCGAACUACCAGGAACAGUGGAAGACGGGGAAAUUCCCGGACAAGAAGAAUCCAAGAACAAAGCAGUAUAA